CCAAAGAUGGCGGCCAACAAGCCCAAAGGCCAGAACUCUUUGGCUUUGCACAAGGUCAUCAUGGUGGGCAGCGGCGGUGUGGGCAAGUCCGCGCUGACGCUGCAGUUCAUGUACGACGAGUUCGUGGAGGACUACGAGCCCACCAAAGCCGACAGCUACAGGAAGAAGGUGGUCCUGGACGGGGAGGAGGUCCAGAUCGACAUUCUGGACACGGCCGGCCAGGAGGACUACGCGGCCAUCCGAGACAACUACUUCCGGAGCGGGGAGGGCUUCCUGUGUGUCUUCUCCAUAACGGAGCUCGAGUCCUUCGCGGCGACGGCCGACUUCAGGGAGCAGAUCCUGAGGGUCAAGGAGGACGAGAACGUGCCCUUCCUUCUCGUGGGGAACAAAUCCGAUUUAGAAGAUAAAAGACAAGUUUCUAUAGAAGACGCCAAAAACCGAGCUGAUCAGUGGAACGUCAACUACGUGGAGACGUCGGCCAAGACCCGCGCCAACGUUGAUAAGGUAUUUUUUGAUUUGAUGAGGGAAAUCCGAGCGCGAAAGAUGGAGGACAGCAAAGAGAAGAACGGCAAGAAGAAGAGGAAAAGCCUGGCCAAGCGGCUCCGCGAGCGCUGCUGCAUCUUAUAAUGGGCCCGGCUUCCUCUCCUCUUGACCACACUAAUAAAUAUAACUUAUAAGCAUUGCCAGGGGAGGCUCAACGACUGAAAUUACUUUCCCAUUUUGGAAUCGGUCACGUAUCACUCACAGCAUGGAUUGGAACCGCACUGAAACUCACUCCCUGAGAACGAGAACGCCGGCGGGGCUUCGGCGAGAAGCGCCGCGCGGCCCAUCUCAUACCCGCCUCCAUGAUCCCAGCCCUCGAACGCGGAGCCCGUGCGUGCGUGCGUGUGCGAGCGUGUGCGAGUGCGUGUGCGAGCGUGCUGCGGGCGGCCUCUCCGGCCUGUUAGAGAUAAAGGAAGGUGGGCGGGAGGGGGUGCUCGAGGGGAGCCGCUCCUGCAGGUUCUCGGGCAGCGCAUUUUCUGUCAUUGAAAGUCUUACCUUCUACUGCCUUGACCACGGCCUUCGCGAGCACCAUAGCGAGCAGGAAGCGGGCGUCCGGCGGAUCGCGGUGUGGGGAGAGGCCCGGAGGACGCCGGGGGUCCCUCCCAGAAGGAGGGGUGCCAGCUUGCGUGGGGAGACGUCGGAACCUGCCUUAACCUACCAGCCGCCAUGGACGAACACCUGGAGAUCCGGAGCCCGCCGGCGCCUGGCCCGUAACUGUGCUGGGGUGGGGGCGGGGGGUGCCGCCGGCCGCUGGGCUGCUCUGCCCGGCCACCCCCACGGUUCACCCUCAUUCCGAGUGUGUGCCGGCCCCGAUCCUUGGAAAUCACCGCGGGGCCGCCGUGAUGGAAGCGGAUGAGCCGGACCCGGGCGCAGGAGGUUCGUUCCAGGCCCCUCCGAAGAGAACCUUCUUUCCUCCUCUUGGGACCCGGCCGCCGCGAGGACUCCUCCUUGGGGCGCCGACGGAGCACGGGGCGGCCGGGCCGGACCUUCUCUUCCCACGCGAAUGGCCGCGCUCGUCCCGGAGGGGCAAGUGUGUUCCCUAACGGAGAACAUUCUCGCCCCCUUCUCGCCCUGGACUUCCUCUCGAGGACGCGCGUGCCCCGAGGCGGACGGGCCCUGCGCAGGAUCCCCGGGAGGAAGCGCGGCGAGCGCCGAGAGGACUGUCCCCACGGCUGGCUUUCUGCCCCCGCAGACCCGUCGUCCAGGGCCUGACGGGUUCCGGCACGAGCGGCACCUGCGGCUCUCCUCGGACCCCUCUCGGCCUCGCUCUAGAAGCGGCGUCUCUCCCUAAGGCUGUGCGUGCAUCUCGUCCGUAGGCUGUAGCUGGCACCGUUGGCGCUGCCCGUCCGUCUUCAUCGUCCUCAUUUCCGUCUUCUCAGACCAGGGAACCUAACCACUAACAUUGUGACUUUGCUUCGAGACCUUUCUCCUGGGUCCCCGGUGCUAUGACGCCGACGGACACGAGGCCUCCUCUGUCCGAGGCUGAUGCCAUGACCCAAUUCUUUUACUUGCAAUUUGAGCCAUUUAAAGACCAAUAAACUUCCGUUUUUUAAGA